UGUUCCUCUGAGAUCCUAUUGGUCCUCCUGAGAAAUAUAAGUUCCGGCAGUCUCAAAAUCUGCAAAGUUCGUUGAGGUUCGAGUGGGUUAAAGGCGAAACACCAAAUUGGACAUCGUUCCAGUUUUCAAAAUCUUGCAGAAAUGCUUCAAUACCUGGUUAUUUGUGUGCUGCUUUAUGUCCUGUAUUACUGCUACAGAGACCGUCAACGUAUAAAGAAUGUAUCUGACAAGUAUGUAUACAUUACUGGCUGUGACUCUGGCUUUGGCAAUAUGCUAGCCAAGCAUUUGGAUCAACAAGGAUUUCAUGUCCUAGCUGCCUGCUUUACUGAGAAGGGUGCUGAAGAAUUGAAAGCGUGCACAUCAUCAAGACUCAAGACUUUCCACUUGGACGUUGUUAACUCUGAAAGCAUCAACAAAGCUGCAGAGUUCAUAAAAUCUGAGGUCAAGGAGAAAGGUCUGUGGGGGCUGGUGAACAAUGCUGGAAUCUCUGUACCCAAUGGACCAAGUGAUUGGUUAACAAUAGAUGAUUACAAAAUUGUACUGAAUGUCAAUCUGAUUGGACAAAUUGAAGUUACUUUGAGUGUGCUUCCACUGAUAAAGAGGGCACGAGGUAGAAUAGUCAAUGUGGCAAGUGUAUUUGGUAAGGUCAGUUUUGGGGGUGGACCUUACUGCAUCUCCAAGUUUGGUGUGGAAGCCUUCAAUGAUGGUCUCAGGAGGGACUUGAGUCAUUUUGGUGUAAAAGUUCUUUGUAUUGAGCCAGGCUUCUUCAAAACAAAUAUCACCGAUUUAGACCUGAUAAACAAAAGCCUGGAAGCAGUGUGGCUCAGAUUACCACAGAAUGUAAAGGAUGACUAUGGAGCUGAUUAUCUCGAUAAAGUUAUGCCUAAAUUUAAGGCAAGGGUUAAGAAGCUUGCAGACCCAGAUUUGAUGAAAGUAGUAUGGUGCAUGAAUCACGCUCUGACAGCUGUUCACCCUCGUACUCGCUACUCUGCUGGGCUAGAUGCAAAACUCUUCUGGAUUCCCCUCUCGUACGUGCCAACUGUCAUCUCUGAUAAUGUGUUCCAUGCUGACCAGGUUAAGCCAGCAAAGUGUAUCUUGUAAUAUGUAUUUGAGAAAGCUUCUUUACAAUGAAAGGAAUUUAAGUUUUUUAAUUUUGAAACAUUUCCCUUCACUUUCUGCGCUGUAAAAUUUCUAUAAUUAUGUGCAUAAUAAAUAUACCUGCUCCAACUCUA